AUGUCUGAUAAAACCGACCUCCUUGUCCUCGGUGCGACUGGCUUCACUGGGACCCUAAUUACCCGGUACCUUCAGGCGCACCCCCAGAGGUCGCAAUUCAGCUUGGCUCUUGGCGCAAGGUCGCCUAAAAAAUUGGACGCGCUCGUGCGGAGCCUCAAUCUCCCAGCAAGCGUCAAGCUUGUUGACGUGGACGUCACGAACCCGGAUGACAUCGAGAGGGCGGUGCGCGGAACGCGGGUAGUGAUCAACACGGUCGGACCGUACUGGCUUUGGGGGACGCCUGUCGUUCGGGCUUGUGUCAGGAAUAGCGUCCACUAUGUUGACUUGACGGGGGAGGCAGCGUGGACGAAACAGAUAAUCAGAGAGUUUGACUACUACGCGACAAAGACCGGAGCCAUAAUCGUACCGGCUUCCGGGUUCGAUUCAGUCCCAUCCGACAUCUCUGCUUAUCUCGCCAAUAAGACCCUCAAGUCUCUUCCUCCAACGAACGGUGAAUACGUUCAGGCCGGCCCGUCAACUAGUGCCCAACUGUUCCGUGGAGGUGUCUCGGGCGGAACGAUCGCGUCAGCGAUGACGAUGAUCGAGAAGGUCCCGAAACAUGUUCUGAAGGAAGCGAGGUUGCCCUACAGCCUCAGCCCAGUCGUCGGUGUGGUACGCCCUCCCUUCAAAGCGCUGUAUAAGCUCCCCGUCCCUGGCGCGAAGCAAUUGUUGGGCGGAUUCUUCGUCAUGGCGCCAACGAAUAGGUCUGUUGUGCAGCGCACAUUUGGCCUGCUUGAGUGGCAAGUGGCGGAAGGCAAACGAAAAGAAGCCCAGGUGGAGCGCUAUGGACCGCAAUUCAGCUACGACGAAUUCCAAGUUAUGCCCAGCGCCUUUUCCGCCAUCAUGCUAUCUGCAGCUGUUGUCCUCGGUCUUAGCAUGCUCAUUAUUAAACCAAUCCGCAACCUCGCGAAGAAAUAUCUGCCCCAAUCCGGAGAGGGUCCUUCGGAAGAGGCCAUGCAAAAUGGUUCCUUCCAUAUAACCAACAUCACGACAUCUACAACGACCCCACCCGUCCAAGUGAAGACCAUUGUCAAAGGCAAGGGAGAUCCCGGGUAUCUCCUUACAGCCAUCAUGAUCUCUGAGUCUGCCCUGUCCAUCCUCCUGCCGCUGGCCUCCGAGUCCCAGGAAGCCGUCCCAACUCCCGGGAAGAGCAACAACAUUCACGCUCUGACAGCCCUCGCACAGCAAGGAGGCGUCCUAACAUCCAUGACUGCUUUCGGCGACGUUCUGAUCAAACGUCUGGAAGAGACAGGACGAUUCGAGUUCUCGAGCUCCGUCGUGGGUGGUGUGGAGAAGAAAAAUGUCUAG